AUGAAGGGCACGUCGGUCUUGCGUUUUGCGUCUUGGCCGAAAAUCCAUCAGCCGUUACCCCGUAACCCUCGCCAAUCUCAGCAGCUGCUCAACGCCCUUACAUCCUCCUUUCGUCGCCAGUUAGACCGGGAACACCCAUCUUCCAGUUCACCAUCAGAGCAGCCUCACAAUGGGGAUUCCCGACCAGAAAACCUGUACUCGUCCGUGCAUGCAACCGACAAGCAUAUGCAGUUAAUCCUGGACAACCCGCUCUUCCGUGGGAAACCUGCCCGCUCUUCUGUUCAGCUCGACGAGCACAGGUUGCGCACGGAACCCAUGGCGCUCUUUGAUGAUCUAGUCGCAUCUGGCUCGGUUACUACCUCGACUCUUCGGAGCUGCCUGCAAUCGCAGCUUUGGCUCGCAAGCCGUCAUACGGGAGAUGAUUACCCCAAAGCCAUGAAGGAGGCGCGGGCCGGGUCGAGGUUUGUGCACUGGUGGUUUGCGUCCGGCCCCCGUGCAUUGGGAAUACUUUUCAAGUCCCAAGUUUCGACCCGGACUCUGACGAAGUUCAUGAUGGCCGAGGGACUACAAAAUACCGUCUUGGGUUGGCUGGACUUACUGGCAAAAGGAGAACUCAAACGGCUUCCGAGGGACGCUGCUCAGGAGCUUUACCGUGUGUUUCUACUUGAUAUGAUUAGAUGGGAGAUUUUUCAUGGUGGAGGCGUGCCCGCUGCCUUGCAGAAAUGUUAUCUACCGGCUGCCAAGAGCUUGCUUGCACUUGACAAGAAAGACCCGAAAUUUCACUCCGCCGGUCUUCAUGAUGCGACUAUCAAACUGAACAUGUUUAUGAAGACGGUGUCCACCGAAAUUCCCGUUGCUGUAUUCGAAGAUUUCGCCAAAAUCCAAGACCAAGUGUGGCCCAUGGGGCGCCUGUCUGCCGUGGUGCAUCUUUACCACCCUACACAAGCAAACCCUACCCCGUUCCUCCAAUACGCGAAGCGACUGUCUCCUGAUCGUGUUGAAUCAUGGAACGAAAAGAAGCAGGAGUCCUUUAUGCGGGGUGGUUUCAAGGCGCUUCAGAUUAUGAUGGACCAGGGCCGGGAUCAUGAUGCCUCUGAUCUGGCACAGAUUAUGCAACGGUCGUUGCCUGCUCUCAAAGACCAGAAAGCGGUGCAGAAUGGAUUCGGGUGGUUUGUGGAGGAAAACUUCCUCGCCCGCGUGAACCUCGCGGCCACGUGA